GUUGUUGGCGGUGAAAAGGCUGGUCUUUAUCGAGAUAUCCAAAGGGGACCAAGACCAAUAACAUUAGCUCUGUUUGAUGAACAAAAAAACCAAAUUAGCAUUGAAUUUGCUGCAUAUCCGAGUUCGCUCCAUAAGGCUGACCCUGACCCACUUAGGUUUCCACUUGAGAAACCAUAAAAACACAUUUGUUGCGGCAGCUUAGCUUCCAUUCUUCAUCUUGAUACUACUUAUGGAGUAUCUGAAGCUUAACGAGAUGACCACAACUGACUCAACUGGCGAUUCUCUGUUCCAUAACGUACCUCCAGCUCCUGAUAUUCCAGUCUACGCGGUACUGGCUUUUAUGCUUUUUCCAAUCGCUUACAAUAAGGACCCCAGCACAAAUAAGCUGCACUUGGGGAUUGGUGUUUAUCGAACAGAGGACGGAAAAUCUCAUACGCUGAAUGUUGUUAGACAAGUGGAGCAGACACUAGCUAAUGACCUGUCUGCUGAUAAGGAGUACCUUCCCAGAACAGGAAUGGCAGAAUUUAAUAGAUUAAGUGCUGAACUCAUAUUUGGUUCUGGCAGCCCUGCCAUCAAGGAGAGUAGAGUGACUACUGCCCAGUGUGUGUCAGGUUGUGGCUCACUGAGGCUCGGGGCUGAAUUUUUAGCACAACAUUACCGCCAACUUGUGGUUUACCUUCCUGAGCCAACAUAUGGAAAUCAUCCAAAUUUGUUAUCUGCAGCAGGACUAGCUUUGAAGACUUACCGUUAUUAUGAUCCUAAAACACGUGGGCUAGACUUUCAAGGCCUUUUGGAAGAUCUUGGCUCUGCCUUAACUGGAGCCAUUGUGCUUUUCCAAGCUAGUGGUCAUAAUCCUACUGGUGUUGAUCCAACUUGUCAGCAGUGGGAACAGAUCAGGCAGUUAGUGAGACUGAGAGGCUUAUUACCUUUUUUUGAUUGCGCUUAUCAGGGUUUGGUAAGUGGAAGUCUAGAUGCUGAUGCACAGUCCAUUCGGAUGUUUGUUUGUGAUGGUGGUGAAAGCCUUGUAGCUCAAUCAUAUUCAAAAACCAUGGGACUCUAUGGGGAACGCAUUGGUUCGCUUAGCAUUGUUUGCAAGACGGCGGAUGUGGCAAGGCGGGUUGAGAGCCAGCUCAGGCUUGUGAUCAGACCCCUUUAUUCAAACCCACCCAUUCAUGGUGCAGCCAUAGUUACUGCCAUUCUGAAGGAUAGGGACUUGUACAACGAAUGGACUAGUGAACUGAAAGCAAUGAGUGAUCGUCUAGCCAAAGUACGCCAGCAACUCUAUGAUGCUUUAUGCAACAGAGGGACUCCAGGGGAUUGGAGCCAUAUUAUCAGGCAGGUCGGAAUGUAUACUUUCACCGGAUUGAAUGAAGAGCAAGUCCGCUUCAUGACUAAAGAAUACCAUAUCUACAUGUCAUCUGAUGGGAGGAUUAACAUGGGAGGCCUAAGUUCAAAAGCAGUUCCACAUCUUGCGGAUGCAAUACAUGCUGCAGUUACUCGCAUCAUCUAAAACCUAUCCCUGAGCUCUCGUAUCUUCCCCAGCUUCCAUCCGACCGAAACCUGGACGGUAGCCUAUAGCCUACACAUACUACUUGAUCCUUCAAGCUGCUCACAAGAGGAAAUUCUGAACAAUUUGUUUGAACCUGUCUAAUGAUUUUCCAAUCUAUUAUUGAAUAACUGAACUGAAUUUUGCUUAUAUAUGGAGAUUCCCCCA